CUGGAUGAAGGAGGAAAUGUGAAGAGUAAGGGGCGGGCUGAGAGCUAAUCACAGAAUGCCAGUACAGACAAUGCAGUGAGGAGGAAGAGGAAGGCUGUCUGGGCUGCUCAGGCCCACAGGCCAGGUAAACAGCAAGAUAUCAAAGCAUUUAAUUGUGGUUUUAUUGAGACUUCUCUAAGGACGCAAUGUAGAAGAAAUGAUCGCAGAGUCAAAUCAAGAUGAAAUUUGCCAAAAGGAAAAUUCCCAUACAAAUGGGAUUCCUGAAGCAACCAAACAGAAUGGAGGGAUCUUCAUGACACCAAAAGCAAAAAGGAUUCGAAAGCCUUCUGAGACACACUCUAGGAGAAGUUCAGCAAGGAGAAGCCGAGACAGCCGGAUAACAAAUGGGGAUGUAACUGAGGCUGUGACACUCUUUGAAGUGGUUAGCAUUGGAAAGAGGGCUAUCCAGUCAGUGGUAGAUGAUUGGAUUGAAGCCUAUCAGGAAGACAGAGAUGUGGCACUCCUUGACCUUAUUAACUUCUACAUUCAGUGCUCUGGAUGCCAAGGUGUGGUUACAGCAGAACUCUUUCAGAAUCCAGACAACCGGGAAAUAAUCAAGAAACUGACCGAGGAGUUUGAUGAAGAAACGGGUUUACAGUUCAAAAAGUUUAUGGCUUAUCCUUGGAUUCUUACAGUAACCUGGCCGGCCAAUAUGGACACAGAAGAUUAUCCGCUGAUUAAGCCUGGAACAUACUGGAAAAAAUUUAAAGCCAAUUUCUGUGAAUUCACCUCUCUCUUAGUACAACAAUGCCAAUACAGUGUGAUCUAUGAUGGUUAUCUCCUGGACACCAUUAUCUCACUCCUACUGGGUUUGGCAGAUUCGUGUGUCCGGGCAUUCAGACAUACCAGCACACUGUCAGCCAUGAAGUUGUUGACAGCUCUUAUAAGGGUUGUCCUGAAUCUUGAUAUCAGCAUAGACAACGCACAAAGGCUGUUUAAGGUGGAGAAGAAACGGGCUGCUUUCAAGAGGACCAACUCCAGGCUCGAGCAACUGGAUAAAAAAAGGAAAGAGCUUCUACAAAAGCACCAGGAGAUGGAAAAUUUAAUGGAAGUUUUAUUUAAAGGGACCUUUGUGCACCGUUACAGGGAUGUCGUUUCUGAAAUCAGAGCAUUGUGUAUUGACGAACUGGGAAUAUGGAUGAGGAUGUACCCAAAAACUUAUUUGAAUGAUAGCUGCUUAAAGUACAUUGGAUGGAUGCUAUAUGACAAGGUCCCAGAAGUACGUCUAAAAUGUCUGGUGGCUCUGCAGGGACUGUAUGAUAAUAAGGAUCAUGUUUCCAAGAUGGAUCUUUUUACUACCAGGUUUAAGGAUCGCAUUGUAUCCAUGACGUUAGACAGAGACCAUGAUGUAUGUGUGCAGGCUAUGAAGCUCCUUGUUUACAUAUCACAGAAUUGUGAAGAUGUGCUUACAAGUGAGGACUGUGAGAGCCUGUACCAGUUUGUUUAUGCAGCACACAGGCCGCUGGCAGCAGCAGCUGGAGAAUUUCUCUAUAAAAGGCAUUUAAAUCAGCUGGCAAGAGAACAAAUCAGCCUACAUAGGAAGGAGGAGAUUGAACACAAUGCCAUUCAAUUGAGAGCCCUCUUGACUUUCUUCAGCAACAGUGAGCUACACCAGCACUUGACAUACCUUGUUGACAGCCUAUGGGACUGUACAACUGGCUUCCUCAAAGACUGGCAUUGUAUGUCCACCAUCCUGCUCCAAAAAGGAAACAAUCAACAGACUGCAUUGAAUGAGAGCCAGAAAAGUCUCCUGAUAGAACUGAUCCUGGCGAGCGUCCGGCAAGCUGUGGAAGGCCACCCACCCGUGGGGAGAGGAUCAGCCAAAAAGGUCCUCUCUACCAAAGAGAAGCGAGUGCAGAUGGAAGACAGUGUGAGGAUUACUGAGCACUUUGCAGGGACUCUCCCACUGCUUCUGGUGAAGUUUGUGCCAGACCCGGACAAGGUGACCAACCUUUUGCAACUCCCUCAAUAUUUUGAUAUGGAUGUUUACUCUGCAGGAAGCAUGGACAAGCACCUGGAAGCCUUGCUGAAGCAGAUACAAGCCAUAGUGGAGUACCACUCAGCCCCAGAGGUGCUUGAGGCCUGUUCCAAGGCCUACAGAAGCCUGAGUAAAGAAAACCUAGAGAGUCAUGUCCAGGUCAAUCUUUCCAAGACUCAACUUGUAGAACAACUUGUGGGCACUUUCAGUCAAAAGCUGGAAGAUAUUCUACAGGAGGGAGCAGAGCAUUGCACUGCGGAAGAUGUCCUUUCGUUGUCUCACGUUCUGAGACGAUUGGCUGCCUUUCACAACGCACAUAACUUAACCCAGUGGGAUCUUUAUCAGAAGACAGCACAGCUCCUUUCCUUUGACAUAGACCAAAGCUGCCUACCUGUGCAGCUCAUUCUUCCUGCUAUCCAAUGCUGUUAUUAUGCUCUCCUUUGGAAAGUGUUGCCUGUCAUGGAAGAUUCCUGUCCCAAGGAGGUGCUUGUUUCACUGAAGACACAAGUGACACACUUUUGCCAGUUCUGUAGACAUUACCUGAAUCACCAGGAUCAGUCUUUGAGAGAACAGGCAUUCAUGUCACUAUGUGACCUACUCCUGUUUCUAAGGCAAAGAGGUGGAGGGGUGUCUUCCUAUGCUGACUCUACGAUGCAAUUAGAGCUUCUCUCAUUUGUCCAAAAACAUGUAUUCCAGAUCGAUGAGAAGAACACCAAACUGAGGACUGAGAAAGAUGACGAGUUGAUCCUGAGUUGUUUGCACAGAAGGAGAAGCUUACUUGCUGUUUACUGCAAGCUUAUAGCAUUUAACGCAGUGGAAAUGUCUGCGGCUUCAGAAAUUUAUAAACAGUACAUGAAGACCUAUAACGAUUUUGGAGAUAUCAUUAAGGAAACAUUAAGUAGAACAAGACAGAACAACAGAAUAGAAAGUGCAAAAACACUGGUCCUCUGUCUGCAACAGCUGUAUCAGAAGCACAGAGAACUCUACGGCAGUACCACCCAGAACUCAUUGUCAUUCACUAACAUAAAGGAGCUGGCGCGACGCUUUUCUCUAACCUUUGGCAUGGAUCAUGUGAAAUGCAGGGAAUCUGUAGCUAUGAUGCACAAACAAGGGAUUGAGUUUGCUUUCCGAGAGCCUGCAGUAGAAGAAGGCCAACCACCGCCCAACUUGCCGUUUUUAAUUCUCAUCAGUGAGUUCUCCAGUAAACUUUUGAAAGCUGACAAGAGACUUGUGUCUGGAUACCUGCAAAGAUUUGCAAAUGAGCAGAUGCUACUUUACAGAGGAGCAGAAUGGCACCCGCUAGUCGUUUAUAAUAAUUCCUUACAGGAUACUCUGGAUGAAGAUAGUUCUUUUAAUGGAAGUUCCGUUUCACAAGACAUUGCGUCUUCCAGCAUAUCCCCGUAUCUGAAGAGAAAGCCAUCCCAUGGAGUUGGUCUAGAGGAGGAAUACUCAUCUGAACAUACGAACAGUCAUCGCCCUGUCAAAAGCAGGAAAAGGCUGAUAUUUGAGGAGCAAUCUUCACGAGAUAGUAUUUCUCUACAGAGCGUUCAACCACCUAAGAAGCAGCAAAAUAUAGAGGAUGAUGAAGACAUUGUAGAAGUGGAUAUGGAGAUUGAUAAGGAGCAGGAGAAUGUUGUCACCAUGAUAAUGCCUAGCAAUUCUACCUGAUCUCAUGCCCUAAGAUGACGUACCCACAAUCAAAACAAAAUUAUGGCUCGAUUUGUUGGUGGGAAAAAAACCUCCAUUGAAGGGGGAUUUUGGAGCAGGGUGAAAAUGCAAUCGAUGUAAAAUACGCACAUACAAAAAUAGAAAACAAAUCAUCCCCACAUGUAGAGGAACUUUAACAUGUGGGAGUAGUAUAAUGUAAUUAUUUUGUAUGCAUCUUCAAUAUAUUCCAUGUUAUGUUCUUUAACAUUCAUGUAUAACAUGAAGGAUUGUAAACAUUUUAUUUGAAAAUGGCUGAAUUCCUUAAAUUUUUAUACUUCAAUAAAUAUGGGACUUUUAUGUA